AUGGCGAGCAACAGUGACAAUGCAACUCAGGAGGCAAUACGACAGUAUCUAUGUUGUAGACAACAAUUAAUCAGGCUUGCUGCUGCAGAAGUGAUUCAUCAGAGCAUCUCAACUGUCUCACCUGGCAUACAAUCCAUGUAUUCUGAUCCAUUUCGUGGAUUUCAAUUUACCACUCAGUUGUUGGAUCCUACCUCCCACCCACUGCGUAUUAAGAAUAUGACACGGAUGAGUGCCAGUACGUUCAUUGCACUGGUUGAUUGGCUGAGAAGUAAUACCGAUAUUCGCGAAUCCGAAGCAAUACAUGCCAUAAAGAUUGAGCAGAAGGUUCUCAUAUUCUUGUAUAUUAUGACACAGGGGGUGAGCUAUCGGAACACUGCAGAGAUAUUUCAUCAUUCAUUAGACACAAUAUCCAAAGUCUUUCAUGAGGUUUUGGAAUCGCUCUGCGUACUCUAUGAGCAUUAUGUCAAGAUGCCCGAAUCCCCAAUGGAAUAUAGCAAGAAAGCUCUUGGUUCAAAUCCACGAUAUUGGCCUUUCUUCAAAGGAUGUAUUGGAGCUCUAGAUGGGACUCAUUUACCUAUUUCUAUUCCUUUGAAUCAGCAAUCUGUAUGGCGAAAUCGAAAGGGAUGGAUAUCUCAAAAUGUCCUCGCUGCCUACGAUCACGAUAUGAACUUCGUAUAUAUCUACCCUGGAAUGGAAGGAUCUUCUCAUGAUAGUAGAGUUCUUUCACAGGCGCAGGAAAGGGAUCAAUUUGGAACCACAUUAUCUGACUGCUACUUUUUAGCAGAUGCUGGCUAUUCGCAGAAAUCCAGCUUGAUGUUGGUUCCAUAUUCAGGAGUUCGAUAUCAUCUAAAGGAAUGGGAAAAAGCGAAUUCUCAACCUGUCAAUGCUUCAGAGCUAUAUAAUCUUCGCCAUGCGAGCUUGCGAGGUGUAAUUGAGUGUGUGUUUGGGGUGUUUAAACGGCGAUUUCAAAUCUAUGAUCGAUGUCGAGAUGGAUUCUCUAUAACAACUCAAAUUGACCUGGUUUUUGCGUUAGCAGCGGUUCAUAACUUCAUGAAUCACUAUAAGGAAAUGGAUGAGCUUACUCAAUAUGAUGAGAAUUCUGAUAUUGAGGAGGAAAGAAGAGAAACGGUUCCUGCAGAUGUUCAAGAGAAUGGUGAUGAAAUAAUGAAAAAACGGGAUGAUAUUGCUAAGCAGAUGUGGAAGCAGUAUAAGGAAUAUCUGAGUGGGAAUCAUAAUAACAAUUAA